ACCGGAGCUCCAAAUAGCGAUUCGGGCAAGGCAGAAGAUCCUUCCCCCAAAUUCCAUUAUUCCCUCUUCUCUUUUCCUUCCUCCAUUGACAUUUAACACCUUCUCUUUCUAGCAGAUCUAACAAAAAACCCAAAAUUCCCCUGUUUCCUCAUCAUGCCGUGAACAUCAAAUUCAAAUUCCCCCAAUUCCGCAAUCCUGAUCAAUUAUUUAUGACUACGGGAGUCGAGAGGCAUGCGAAUUUCCCAGCACCACCAGCUCCUCCUGCAAUGGCGCCCGAAGCGAAGGACCGAUCCGGAUGCUGCAACCCGGUUAAGAAGUCCGGCCCUGUCACGCUCGACCACGUGCUCUCCGCCCUGCGCGAGACUAAGGAGGAGCGGGACUCCAGAAUCCGGAGUUUGUUCAGUUUCUUCGACUCCGAUAAUCUAGGGUAUUUGGAUUCCGCUGUGAUUGAGAAGGGGCUUUCUGCGAUGCAAAUCCCCGCGGAUUACAAGUUCGCCAAGGAGCUCUUGCUAGUCUGCGACGCUAAUCGGGACGGGAGGGUUGAUUACCAGGAGUUUAGGAAGUAUAUGGAUGAUAAGGAGCUUGAAUUGUACAGGAUUUUUCAGGCGAUUGAUGUUGAGCACAACGGCUGCAUUCUGCCCGAGGAGCUCUGGGAUGCUCUUGUCAAAGCUGGGAUAGAACUUGAUGAUAAAGAGCUUGCAAGUUUUGUGGAGCAUGUAGAUGAAGACAAUAAUGGAGUUAUUACUUUUAAAGAGUGGAGGGAUUUUCUGCUGCUUUACCCACAUGAGGUCACCAUAGAGAACAUCUAUCACUAUUGGGAAAGGGUGUAUCUUGUAGAUAUUGGUGAGCAUGCUGUGAUUCUUGAAGGUAUAAGUAAACGUGCUAAUGCAACCAAAUAUCUAAUCGCUGGAGGAGUUGCUGGAGCUGCUUCUCGAACUGCCACUGCACCUCUUGAUCUACUAAAGGUGAUCUUUCAAGUUCAGACUACAACCUCAAUUUAUCCAAUGGACCUUGUCAAAACUCGGUUGCAAACUUAUGUUUGUGAUAGAGGGACUGUUCCAAGUCUGGGUAAACUAUCUAGAGAUAUAUGGGUUCAGGAGGGACCCCGUGCUUUUUACCGAGGGUUGGUGCCGUCUCUUCUUGGAAUUAUACCUUAUGCUGGUAUCGACCUGGCAGCCUACGAGGCAUUGAAAGAUAUGUCCAGGAAGCAUAUUCUUCAAGAUGGUGAACCUGGUCCUCUCAUACAACUAAGUUGUGGGACUGUCUCGGGAGCUCUUGGAGCGACAUGUGUGUAUCCGCUGCAGGUAGUAAGAACAAGAAUGCAAGCUCAGCCCUCCAAUACACACAAUAGAAUGUCAGAUGUAUUCUGGAAAACAUAUCGGCAUGAGGGCCUUCGAGGCUUCUAUAAAGGCCUUUUCCCGAAUCUCCUUAAAGUCGUGCCAGCAGCCAGCAUUACCUACCUGGUUUAUGAGGCGAUGAAGAAGAGCCUGGAUCUGGAUUAGCAACUUGAUUCUUGGUGGAGUGGAGAAACGGACGAUGACGAUGAUGACGACGACUACUACAGGUGAAUAAGAUUGUUUGUGGAACUGGUGAUAAUUCUUGAGUUAUACAACGAUUUUGAUUGCCCCUUUGGAUGAUAGCAUAGGAGUGGGAGCUGAGCUAUUAUGGGGGGGGUUUGACUGACUACUAACAGUUAAAUAUAUGUAUGUGUCAUGAGUAAUACUAUUAGAUAAUUGUUGUAGGCUUUUGCCACACAAUUCCUGCACAGAAAUUGCCCAUUUGCGGAACUAGUCAUUUUUGCUACAUCAUUAAUAAUACCCAUAAAUCUUUAUCCA